CUGCUCCAAGCUCAAAACAAACACUACAAACACUUGGGAAUCAAAGGAGCUUUGGUCAAAGUUGUGAAACUGGAGGGCUUUUUUGCCCUUUACCGUGGAAAUGGGGCUCAAAUGGUCCGAAUAUUUCCGUAUGCAGCUACUCAAUUCACUUCGCAUCAAGUGUACAAACGGGCAUUUCCAGUUCUGUUCAACGUCCCUCCAACCGUGUUUUGGGUCCAGUUCAUUGCAGGUUCUUGUGCUGGACUUUCGGCAGUCACCCUUACAUACCCAUUAGAUGCCAUUCGGGCUCGUUUGGCUUUCCAAACUCAAGACAAUCGGAGGUACAAAGGCAUAUUACAUACUGGUCAAAGCAUAUUCAAAGAGGAAGGAGGAAUAAAAGGCCUCUAUCGAGGGAUUGUGCCUACUUACCUAGGCAUGAUUCCUUAUGCAGGCACUUCUUUCAGCGUGUUUGACUUUCUGAAGCGAACUUUCCUGUCCACAAUUCCACAAUAUGCGGGUCGGGAAGGACGUGGCGAGCAACUAAACACGGGCUUCCGCCUGUUAUGUGGUGCGUCUGCGGGCCUGGCCGCACAAAGUCUGAGCUAUCCAUUCGAUGUAGCCCGACGGAGGAUGCAAUUGGCGAUGAUGUAUCCGGAGACAAAGCAUCUUGGUCAUGGAACGCUUGAUACCUUAAAGCAUGUGUACAAGAAAGACGGAAUUGUACGAGGGUUGUAUCGCGGGUUGUCGAUCAAUUAUAUCCGAGCCAUGCCCAUGCACGCUUUGAGUUUUACCACCUAUGAAUUCAUGUGCGAGUUUUUGGGUAUCCCAUCAACAAUGAGAGUCCCGACGGGUUGAACAUGACUGAACUACACGAUUUCAAAACUACUGCAGUGAAAAACUUGUCAGAAUAGCAAAAUAAACCGAUAUUGCUCUUCCUA